UUGGCGCCUUCUCGUUUCACCGCUUCGCAGAGACUGUUAGAGAAAGAAACGCUUUUUCCGGCCUCCCAGGCUGCCCAGCGGCGCCGGUUGCCGGGGAACGCAGGCGCCGUGGGACGGGAUGGAGGGAGGAUACGGCUUAGGUGCUGGGGCCGGAGUUGAGUUGAAGAAGAGCUCGGGCUCAUCAUGAAACAACGAAAAGGCCAGGGGCCUGGGGGCGGCCGUGAGCGCAAGAAGAGAGGUUUGAGUGACAUUUCUCCAUCUACAAGCCUACCACCUCUGGUUGAAGGUCAGCUACGCUGCUUUCUAAAACUUACUAUUAGUAAAGUCAUAUGGAAGGUUGCAAAGCCUCACACCUGUGUACUUGUCCGAGUGAGAUGGUGGGGAGAAACAUCAGAUGGAACUCUCUUCUGUCCCAGGGACACAUUGCAGACUGAACCAAAAGCUGUGAGAACAACUACACGAUAUGCUAUCCGCUGUGGCCCAAAGCAGUUUACCUCCUAUCUCACGGAUAUGGCUGUGCUGGUGCUGGAAGUAAUCACCAAACUUGAUCAUCUUCCAAUUGGUAGAGUUCAGAUCAGUGGACUAGCUCAGCUUUCACCAACCCAUCAAAUCAGUGGAUUUUUUGCCAUUGUUUCACCAACAUCUAAGAAACUUGGAGAACUUCAGGUCUCACUUGCCCUGGAACCUCUGUCAGAUACUUACAACAGUUACAAUCCUCAUCUUACCACUGACAUGACAGAAAAUGUGCUUUUAUCUGAGCAGGGAUUAAGAGAGAAUACUGAACCUAGCAAUACCCAAUUUCUGGUUCCGUCAAGGCCUCAUGGGAUACCUACCAGCAAAAUUGAUGGAAAAGAGAUAGCAGCCAAUAGUAGUAGAUCAACCACUCCAAGGGGAAAGGACCACUUGUACUUUGCAGAGAAUCCUAAUAUAAAAGACUCUUUCUUCAGGCUACAGCACCAUCUUAAUCCUAGACAGAGUUUAGAGUCUGUAACUCUGAGAGGCAAAGCUCCACAGAAGCAGAUGUCUCUUCUCAACAGCUCUGAAUUUCAGCCUCAAAUUAGAACAGUUGCCAAGAGUCAUAGUGACUCAUGCAUUCUUUCUUCAAACAUCCCCCCUACAAAGGACCUUCUUUCAGCUCUGUUAGAACAAGGCAAUAAACUGCGUAAUGCCAUGGUGAUUUCUGCAAUGAAAUCAAGCCCAAAUACUAGCAUGUUGUUGGAAAAAGUUCAUCCUUCUGUGAAGGAAGAUUCUCUUAGAGCAUCACCACAAAGCAGAGCCUUUCCUAGCAAUCAAUUUAAAGACCACAUUGAAGAUCACCUUCUCCCUCCAACUGAGAAUACAUUUUGGAAACAUGAUACAAAAGCUGAUACCAGAGCUAUACAGCUGCUAUUAGGCAGCACUGAAUUAUCCCAAGGUCAUUUCUGGAAUGGAUUAGGCUCUCCUCCAGAUUCCCCAUCUCCUGGGAGUGAUGUGUAUUGCAGCAGUGAGCUGAAUGACCCUCAGUAUGACCAGAGUCUCCUGGAGAACUUAUUUUACACAGCACCUAAAUCUGAUACCAGCAUCGGUGAUUUCCUCAGUGAAGACGAUGAUAUUGCUUCUUCUAAAAAAAUGAACCAGUCAAAAGCUGCUACCAGAUCUUCUAAGGUUCCAGAAUCAAGUGAUCAUAAGCUAAAGAAGAGGGCAGCAGUCAAGAAAAAUAGAAAUUUGAUUGAGGAACAAAUGCUCUUGGAAACUCCAGAAGAUGCCCAAGUGAUGACAUUAAGUGCGGAUAGACUGGCCCUUCUGGGUAGAACACAUUCAGUCAGAAUCAUCAUCGAAACAAUGGGAGUUCCUCCAGAUAGUCCUCAGAUGACCCCAGGCAAAAAAAGCCUUACUGGAAGACCACCUAAGCUGACAACAGUAAAAAAGCGCACUUUCUUUGUGGAAUAUCACUUUCCUGUGGGCUUUUCCAAAAGUGGAUUGGGAAAGACAGCUUUGAUCACUGAGGUUGUUCGACUCACCUCCAGUAAAAUUACAGAUGGAAUGGUGAAAUUCCAGCAGCGAUUUGUGUUUCCAGUACAGUUUGGUGGCCCAAUGAUAGAGCACUGGUGGAAUUCCAACCUCAUUUUCCAAAUUUAUGCAAAGAAAACUCCACAGAAAAAGCCAGAAGUCAUUGGAUCUGCAUCACUUCCUUUGCGAGCUGUCAUUCAGUCAGAGCUACUUUCUUUCAGUGGCCAACUUCCAGUACAACAGGAAAAUGGUCAGACUCCCCUUGGCCACCUCAAGGUAACCAUGGAGCUUGUUAUAGAUAACAAAGAUUUCACUGGUAUCAAUACUAAGUUAAGUAGCAGCACCCAACAUAUCCCACUUUGUGCUCCUGCAAAUCCAGAUAAGAUAGUACCAGAACCUAGCCAAGAUACUAUCUGUACCAAAAAUCCACAAAACCUAAAUGAAAUUCAUGAGGAAUCUGCAGAGACAGCACAGAAUUUGGUGCUUUCCAACCCAAAGUCACCAAGCCCAAAUCCUUCAACCUACAUGGUUAUGCCAGCAUCCCACAAUUUAGUAAAUCAGACAUUUGGGUCAACAAAAGACAGUGCUUUGCUGUUGCAUAUGCUGUUAAUGGUACCAGAUGGGAAAGAUUUCAUUACUGGAGAAUCCGAGAAACAACCACCAUGCAAUGUUUAUUUGAAUUGCAAAUUCUUCAGCACAGAGGAAGUUACCAGAUCUGUCAUCGCAUGGGGGACAACACAACCAGUCUUUAACUUUUCUCAGGUGAUUCCUGUUUCUCUGUCUUCCAAAUACCUGGAAAGGCUUAAGAACAAUGUGAUGGUAAUUGAAACUUGGAACAAGGUGCGGAGUCCAGGACAGGACAAGCUGCUCGGGCUAGUGAAACUCCCCCUCCAUCAGUUUUACAUGUCAUUCAAAGAUCCCAAGAUUUCUCGCCUGCUGCUUGAUGCCCAGUACCCAGUUGUUGCUGUCGACAGCUACAUGCCUGUGAUUGAUGUGUUCUCGGGCCACCAAAAUGGCAGUCUUCGUGUCUUUUUAGCUAUGGGUUCUUCAUAUCAAAUAAUGGCACUACAAAGAUUAAAGAAUGAAGAAAGAACACUCCCUGCCUUCAGCCCUAGGCCAGCCCAUUUCCUGGACCAGCCAUCUGUAGCAUCUGUUGCUAUGGCAGAGGACCAAGUAAAUGGAUUGAUGGAGCACCACUUUGAGUUCCACAUAGAAAUGGUUAAAGGGCUAGCCCCUCUUCAGGCAACAGUCUGGGGAGAAGCAGAUUGUUAUGUCCAGUACUACUUUCCAGUUCAAGACUCACAAUCCAGUGUUCUAAAAGGACCUGAGUUCCUUGAAAAUGGAAUCACUCUGAAACCCUUCAGAACUGCAACCACACUCUGUGUUCCAGAUCCCAUCUUUAAUAGUGAGCACCAUCACUCUCUCCUGUUGCCAACUGAAGUUCCAGUGCAGCGGCUCCUACUAAGUGUCUUUUCUGCACAGGGGCUUGUGCCUGGAGGUGGGGUCCAGUUUGAAAUCUGGUGCAGAUACUAUUAUCCUAAUGUGAGAGACCAGAUGGUCGCCAAAGGAACCUUGCCGUUAUCAAGGAUCUGUGCCAUGGUAACCAUGCAGCACCAUGAAGAUAUGGGAAUACAGACCUUUAAUCUCCCUUUAACUCCCAGGAUUGAGAACAGGAAAGAAUUGAGGAACCAAUCAUCAAGUUUACUGGAUGUGGGCCUAAAGUACAGGCGUUGUCCAAGAACAGCAGAGGGAGUUCUUGCUGCCCGAGCUGUCUCUAUCUCAGUCCAGAUUAUCAGAGCCUGUGGUUUGCAAGCAGCAGCCAAGGCCUUGGCUGAGCAGGAACCUGCUCUACAAUUUAGUGCCACAGUCGGGGUCAAUGCCUCUGUCACCACUCAUCUCUCCUUCCUGCCCAAGGGAGAACAGCGCCGAACCCGCCCUGUGGCCUGCUCCUUCUGCCCUGAGUUCUCUCAUCACAUUGAGUUCUCAUGUAACUUGGUAACUCAGCACUCUAGUGGAGAGGCCUGUUUCCUGGCAGAGCUUUUAGAAUUUGCAGAAGUUACUUUUGCUAUCUAUCAUGAAAAUACCAAGUCAGUCAGUGAUAUAGUCAGUAUGCAGUCGUGCAAAGAGUAUCUACUCGGAGUAGUAAAGGUUCCAACAAAAGAGCUGCUGAUCAAGAGAUCUGGGAUCACAGGAUGGUAUCCUGUCAUUUUAUCAGAAGCUCUGGACCUGCCUCACAGUUUGGAUCUCAUGCAGAAGAUUGUGGGUGGUCUGGAGCUUUCAGUUUCCUUCACCCAUCCUGGAGAUAGAGAACGUGUGUUGGAAGCUGCUGAGCUCUUGGGCUGGAGCUUUGAGAAUAGCUUGAAGGAUUUUGUCAAGAUGGAUGAAGAGGAACCAGCCACUGUUACCAUCUCCACCCCAAGGCUGUGGCUACCCAUCCAUUGCGUGCUGCUUGCUGGCCAAACGCAUAUUCAUAAGAACACAUAUUGCUACCUUCGCUGUAAGCUGUAUGAUCACGAAGCCUUCUGGACCCCUCUCAAGAAGCCCAAGGAAUCUUCAAACAAAAAGCAAGUCAUGGUUACUUUCAAGGCAUCAAAAAGAGCAGAAGUCACUAGAGGCCCAUCACUGCUUUGGUACUUCAGGGAAGAGAGGCUAGAGAUCCAAGUGUGGCGAGCUUAUGGCAAUGAUAGUGUGGAGAGGCCUCACCAGACAGACAGCUGGAUUGGCUCAGCUUAUGUGGACCUUAGCAGACUUGGGGAGAGGUCAGCAAGGACACUAACUGUCAGUGGUGUGUACCCUCUGUUUGGACGAAAUGCUUCCAACCUCUCAGGAGCUGCCUUGCGAGUUCAUGUGGUUAUUUCCUGUCUUUCCCCUCACCCUGAGCCCACUCAUGAACUGGACUCCAUGGACUGCAGCAGCCACAGUGAGUGUGAGAAACUUCCCAGGAGGAAUGAUGAAAUCCAGCUCUCUCCACCGUAUGACCAUCAGAAGUCCUCUGCCUCCACCCAGUUCCCCUGCAACAGCACCACAGCUGAAGUCUGCCUGGCUCAGGAGGUCCCUGCUGAGUUGGAUGGAACUUUUGCAGUCAGUAUCCUGGUGGAAAGAGCAAUGCACUUAAGCUUGAAAGGGAUCCCCUUGACAGAGCGGAAAGUACCAAUACCCAGUUGUUGUGUAUCCUUUACAACAGCCGAUGAACUAUCUCCUGUAUAUACCCAAGUGGUUGAAAACACAGAUUCCCCCAUCUGGAAUUUUCAACAUCAAUCAAGGCUAUCAAAAGAACUUCUUCUGGACCCACAACAAACGCUGAUCUUCAAAGUUUGGCAUAAAGGAGAUGAGGAGAGGGUGAUUGGUUUUGCCUCAGUAGACCUCUCCCCACUUCUCUCUGGCUUCCAGUUUGUCUGUGGCUGGUACAACAUCACAGACUUCAGUGGGGAGUGCCAGGGACAGAUAAAAGUUGCUGUCUCCCCUUUGGAGAGUUUGAUGCACUUCAAAGAAGAAAGGCAAGCAAGACGUGGGGUGGAAACCCCAGGAUCCCUGAUCCCAAUGUACAGUCCUUUUUCCUUCCCUGCCUCUAAUAUGUAUGCUGCAUUCCCCAAUUGCAUUAUAAGACAGAUCCCAGACCACCUUGCUCACACCUCUUCAAAAGAGCUUGAUUUCUCCUCUCCUGGGAGAAGCAGUACCACAAGAAGCCAGGCAUCACGCCAUGAAGAGCAUGUGCAGAACAUCCGCCUAUUUCAUGAAUCCCUGCAGCAGGGAGAGGCAGUAUUGCCAAGUGAUAACAAACUGACUGCAUCACCCUUGUCCUCCCAGACCUCUCUUCUAACUUCUCUCAGGAAGAAUCUGAGUGAGCUAGAUCAGAUCCAGCAGUACUUCAGCCAGAAGCUCACCAAGACUUUCCUACCCCUCAGCCCUCAGACUCAUACCACCGUCUUGCAGUGCCAGAAGAGCCAUCAGGACCAUCUUGGGCCAGGAGCCAGCAGCCUAAACCCUGAGAGCCAGUGCAUCUUGGAGAAAUCCAAUAACCUGGUUUUGCAAGUCAGCUCCUUAAUCACAGAUCUGCAGACUAUCACCAGGAAUUCUCAAGCAGCUUUGAAUUCUCACCGAGCCAGGAGUAGGAGCAGAGAAGUCAUCACCCUCUCAGAUGCUCAGGACACAGAGGUCGUGCAAGAACGAAAAACAACUCCAGACCAGCCAUUGGCAGGAGCUCCAGACAAGGACACAAAUUCCCCACCUCCCCCUGCUCUUGAAGAGACUUCAGAUGGAGGAGGAAUGCUCCAUGAGUCCCUGGGGCAUACAGUACCUAUUACAAGGACGCAGAGCAGUGAGGACACUGAGGCAGAACUGGCCUGUAGUGAUGAGGACUAUGAAGAAGACAUCAUUGAGCCCAGGACCCUAAAUGAGAUCACCACCAUGACAGACAAAACUAGCCCUUGGUCCAGUUUUGUGUCAGAUACAAGUGAGGUCAUCAGCCCUCAGCCUGAUGAGGUGCAGAGGGAAGGCCCCUCUUGUUCUUCUUCAGAACCUUUCCCCAGAGAGGAGCUCAAGGUCAAAAGUAGCUUUCUGUCUAGCCCACAAAGGCCUAUCAACCUCCUCCUGCCUAGGCAGGGUUCUCCUAGCCAAAAUCUUGUUGCUUGUGAGAGUGAGGCCUCUAAGGCCGGCACUGGAGAAUCUGCCGCAACUGACCCUCAGCUCAUCCCACUCCUGACCCUCUCAGGAGCCCAGCAGAGCAACGCUUUUGUUGGAUGGAGCUCACCACAGGCAGAUCAGGACAAGGAGUACAAUCCAGAGGUUCAGGCUGAGAAUGAAGCUACCUCCAGUGAUUUCAGUGACUCUGCUGAUAGCUCCAAGAAAUUCUCUGUACAUCUAGCCUCCCAGAGCAGAAGGGAAAGCCAUAAGGGGCUACCCGUCAACUCCCCUGACAUCAGACAGAAACAGGUGACAGCUGGAUUAGAGGUAUCCACGAGGCAAAGCCUUCUCCCAGAGCCCAUUGUGGUGCCCAACUUUUUUUUGCCUCCACAGAAGUUGGAGGCCUCCCUGCGGAUGCUCUCACUCUCUGCAGCUUUGCCAUCACAAGCCACAACAAAUCAGGACAAGAGCAAAGCCACCAGGGGAGUCCUGUCCCAAAGGCCUUGUCGCCCCAGACCUACCUCGCUCCCUCCCAACCUGCCUGAGGAAGAAACUCGCAGGAUUGCACGGAUAUUUUGUUCCCAGUACUCCCAGAAAGACUAAGCAGCCUGAGGGACUGAGAGAAGGAGCUACCUGCCCCCUCCUUCAGCCCUGCCUGACUUGCAGGAGGCACCAACUCUGGUGCCCUGAAACCACCACCAGCCUAGUCCAUGGGUGCCUUGAGACCCAGUCAGUUCAGACUUGAGGAGUGACCCAAACCAGCCCAGUGUCCACCUGCCACAACUUCAGCUUCUUCUAUGGUGAAGCAAAGGCUGGAAACAAAAGGAUUCCAGUGCCCAAGUGGCCCACCCAUCUUUUGACCAAGGGACCCAGGCAGGCAUCUUUCAGUGGAGAAGCUCCUCCCAGUGCCCUUGACCCAGCUGACUGCUGACAUGAGCCCACCCUCUGCCUGAAUAUGGUGGGCCGUCUCACCUUAAAGGUUGGAGCUGGUGGGCGGGUGGUAGAUUGUGUGCAUCAUGCAUAGCCAAGGAAAUCUUAGGGCCACUUCAAAUUCAUUUGCUUGGGAAUAAAAGUAUUUUAUAGAUAUAAAUUAUUUUUAUGCUGUGUUAAAUUAAUCAAUAGGAGAGGAGGAAGAAAUCUCCUUCAAACUUUUUACCUGAUUGUCUGAAAUUCUAAUCAUGCUUUUAACUUAUUGUUUUUACUCAGCUCUGAAGGUCAUUGUUCUUGCCUGUGUUUGAA